UCCGAGUGUUUACGAUCCGGAAACAAACAAUUCGUACAAAUAAGUUUUGCAUGUUUUUCGAUUCCAGAUUUUGCAAUUUUUUCCUUAUUUUUCGGGGAAACGGCUUAAGUGUAUUAGUGUACAUCCAAGGGUGUAACGUAUUGGUAAUUAUUAACAAUCGACUCAUCACUUAUUCUCCGGGACUAAAGUCAACAUGUAAUCUGCUAAUAGGUGAAAUAUCAAAUAUACAUAUACCUACUUAUAAUACGGUUAACGAUGCACGUAAAAAAUAAAAAUAAAAAUUAUCGCGUCGUUUAUAUAAUACGUUUCUUUAUUUUUUAUGUUUCCCAAGAAUAUACUUAUCGGAUUUUCAGUCCUUUUAUAUUCCCUUAUUGUUUUAUUUUUUUCUAUAAUGCUGCCGCAAAACGGAUUAAACACACGUAUAAAAUAACGCUGGGGUGCACCGCACGAGCUGUCUUAUAACAAUAACAAGUGCAGUACGUAGUUAAUUUAUUGGCGGCUAUUGUGUAAUGCAAAAGUUACAUGACACGUGUGUAUAUGUAUUUUUUUCGCCUUCAGUAUUACAGUCACGUAACGGCUCGAAGUAUUGAUUAAAUUAACCGAGUGGAUAUUAUGUGUCUCGUUUAUAACGUUGUAGUAAUAUAGUGAAGUUUGCGGUGGGGUUUUCGUUUGCGACAAUUUAGGUAAUGUUAAUACGUGUAGCCGAUUCCGUCCGACGACAAAGCAAUACUAGAAUAUUGAAUUUAGAAUUAAAAAAUCUGUAAGUGUAACUAAUAGUCGACGAAAUCGAUUUUUUCGUGAUCAAUAAAGACGUAUAUGGACGGGGACAUAUAUAGGUGACAUUUGGUUCUGGCGGAUCAAAAAGUCUACGGUAGGAUCGAAUUGUCCCUGGGGAUAUUGCCAAUCUAUUUUUGUUUCCAUGGGGAUAUAAAGAUCUGUUUUGUCUCGUGGUUUUAUUGAAUGUACCCGGGGAGAACUCCACGUAAAAAUUUUAUUUUAAAAAAAAAAAUCUCUAAAACGAAUCAUAAUUCCCCGUUACUAUGAAUGGACUAUUAUUUCCCUAUUGUGUAAUCGAAGAGUGGUAUUCAAUAAUUGUAGUUUCAUCAAUAGUAUCUUAGAUAUACAGAGCAAAAUUCAUCUAACUGCUGUCUGUCGCCUGUAACCGCUUUUUUAUUUUGCUAAGAACGUAAAUUGAAGCGUUUAAAUCAAAACAAAAGGCACAACGUGGUUUAAAAACUAUAAUAGUGUACUUAUUUACUAUCAUAAUUUAUAUUAUACAAUUGAAAUUUCGUCAAUAUGAUGUCAGUGCCAUUGCCGAUUGUAACAAUCGAAUCGCAAACGCAGAAAACAAUUUCAGAUAGUUACUUUGAACCAGUUCUACCGGAAUGACGACUAUUUAGACAGUUUAGUUGAUAUGUCCGUGCAACUUUCACCAAAGUUCAUGUAAAGCUACACGGGGGAUCCUUGUGUGUGCUCGACCAUAACCUAGGAUGGAGAUUGCGUCGUCGUCAGUAAUGCGGCCCAUGUAAUCAAUUCAAUGGUUCCGCUCAAUUCUUGCGGGUUAGUGGCCAGAGGUGGAAGAUAUUUGACUGGUUUUUUUACCGAGAACUGUAGUCAAAUUUGUGUGAAGUCCAAAUUUCAUUAAAAAUCGUAAAAAUCACAAUUUUUCAUGUAUUAUUUUCUGAUUUAGGUAUAUAACACUUUUUUGGCCAUUUAAAAUUUGCCUUAAAUAUUUAUGUGAUUCACUAAGCAUGCUCAGCCCAUUUUUUUAGCUAAGUUAUGCAUAUAUUAAAAUUGUAUUUGUUGACAUUGUUAUGUGUUAAAAAAGCCGAUAUUUUCGAUUACUUAGAUUUUGCGUAACAUUUGAAAAGUAAUCUGUGAUGAUACCAACUUUAGUUUCACAAAUGAAAAUCAAUAUUAAAAACUUCAUAAAUAGAUGGAGUAUUAUUAAGUACAUUUUUCUGUUAAAAUUUUUGAUUUGCAUCAACCCGUAAACGAGAAAUUUUGCUUUUAUGUUUAGGUAGGAGGAAAGUAGUGGAGUACUAAUAAAACACCACGUGCUGUAUCACCAUACAAAUAAUACCGGGUAGGUGAAAAGUUAAAAAUGUACGAUAUAGAGGGAAUUUAUUUUAUAUAAUAUGUACGCAAUAAUAAACUAUUGCUAACGAAAAAUGAUUUAGAUCAAAAUUACUUUUAUACAUGUACUAAAAAUUUUCCCGUUUUCUUACGUUUUUUCGCCCAAUUGUUAUGAAAAUCGCUUAAUAAUUCAAUAAAUAAUAUGUGAAACGUACCAAUUAGAUUAAAUUAAUUUUAAUAAAGGUGCAUAUCUUUUAUCGUUGUUAUGUUUAAUUCAACUGAAUUAGGUAAUCUGGUUUAAAUUGAUCCGGCACCGCAAUUAACUCAAAUAAUUUUACGGUUAUCUGGUAUUGGUACGGGUACUAAUAUAAAUGUUUACUGCAAUUAAGUACAAAAAGCCUACUAUUAUGAAGUGUUGUAAAACUUUAUACUUUAUCUAUAGUCAUAUAAAAAUAAUACACCAUGUUAAGAUAUACCUUCCAAUAUCAAUUUACUAUGUCAUAAUAAUUUCUUAAUUCGUGUGCCAACGUUACUAACAGUAAUAUUUGUAUUCAAUGAAAACUGCGAAAAUGGCAUUAGCAUUUUUCGUAAUUUUGUUCGUAUUUGGUUUUUCAACCGGGAACACGGAACCUGUUUCCUUUGGUUACGGGGGAAACUUCACGGUUAAUUUAUGGAAAAAUCAUAAGAGGGAAACAUAUUCAGGAUAUUUAAACAUAAAUAGUAUAAUAGAAGGUAAACAAAUAAUAAUAAUAAUUUUAAAAACUCGGUAAAUGUUGUGAAUAAAUAUUUAUUUUUUUAGGUAAAAUAAAACGGGAAAAUGAAUUGGAUUGGUGGCAAAAAGCGGUUAUCUAUCAAAUAUAUCCUCGAUCGUUCAAGGAUACAACCGGAAAUGGUGUAGGAGAUAUACAAGGUAAGUUUAAUAAAAGAAAUAAACGAUAUAUUAAAAAUUAACCAGGUAAGUAGUGGAGAUGGUGUGAAAAUUCCAAUUAAUUGUUAGUUUCAAUCAAUUAACAGUAUUAGUUAUAGUUCCACGUCCCGUUUUAUUCGGUAAAUAAUACUAAGGUAAAUACAUCUCAUAGUAAAAUAUUGUGUCCGUAUCGUUUAUCGCCGGAUAUUUUUACCAGUCUAAAUUACGUGAAUUAUUUGUAACCGCAAAAAUUUGCUCAUACGGAUAUUAUGAACACUAUCGAGAAUUUAAAGAAUUUUAAAUUGAUAGGUGGUUUUCAACAAAGAAUGAUAAAAAAGAUACGGAAUUCAAAAAUUUCAAUUCUUCAUAUCUAUGGAAAAAUGGUAAAUUUUUUUUUUUUUCAAAAAGUUUAUUCCAUGCAUCACGAAUUCUAUCAAAAAGUGUUAAAGGAUUAAUAUGUUAUUUUGUAAAAUAUGUUCAAUUUCAUGAAACUAUUUCAAUAAUUCCAAAGUAGUCUAAAAUUAAAUAUAUAGGUAUAUAAAGUUAUUCAAUUGAAAAUUGUAACAAAAUAAAUUCUCAUUAAGAGCAGAUAUGAACCAAAUAGGAAUUAGAUUAAAAUUUGGACAUAUCCUAAAAUCAUAAUCUACAAUCAUCCCUAUUAAACUAACCUAGAAAUAAGUAGGUAAAUAAAUACAAUUUAAGUUUUAACAUUUUAGGUGUUAUCGAAAAAAUACCCUAUAUGAAGUAUUUGGGAAUAGAGGCCGUGUGGUUAUGCCCCAUAAAUCCUUCUGGAGGAGUAGAUUUGGGUUACGACAUAACUGAUUACAAAAAUAUAGACAAUAUCUUUGGAACCAUGGAAGAUAUUGAUGAAUUAAUAACACGGCUUCACGAAAACGGUUCGUAUAAAUUCAAUAAAAUAUUACGUAUAUUUAUAUCCACUAAGUGGAAAAUAUUUAGAUAAUAGAGACUCGAGUAACAAUUAUUGGAGCUCAGGUUGGUCAAUUAAACCAAAGGUACAUGGAAAGUACCCAACCUGCAUUAAACUGUUUUAAACCUUUAAUUAGUGUCCAGGCGGUAAAAUACACUUAUACUCAUACGUCGGAAUCAUGUUAACGCGGUUCGAUAGAUCAGUUUGACACGAUAGAUAAAGAGUAAAACAAAGAAAAUGUAACAUUUUCGAAUAAUAUACUAUGGUAUUCUAAAAAGUUAUUACGCGUUAUUUUUUGAAAAAGUAAGUUUUUGAAUGUAAUAUCAAAUUUAGAAUAGGUACCUAACUUACAAAAAAAAAAAAAAAUACAAUUUUAUUUACACUAAUUAUUUACACCUCUGCCUAAUCUUCAAUUUUAUUGAUUUUACACAAAAACUAAAAUAUUAAAAUAUCAUAAAUUCCAAUAAAUAUAUUGAUUUCUCUAUAUGGCAAGUAAACAUAAAUUAGAUUAUCAGAAUUCUAUCAUCUUAAACCGUUGAUCGAAGCUAAAUUACCACUCAAGCAAUAAAUAAUAAUAAAUGUCCUAUCACACUGAUAUACAAAUGCACUUUUUUAAUUUCAUAUGUAAAUAUACAAUUUUAAAUAUACAUCAUAUAAUAAGAAUUCACCGUGUAUUUCAACGACCUAACCAUUUCUGGGACCAAAUUUAAUGCAUGCUGCAUCGGAAUUUUACAUAUCUAAUGUCUAUGCACUUUGCAGAAACCAAUUUUAAUCAUAAUAUUGUUACUCAGGUAAUAUCAAUAAAUUAUAUUACGGUAAAUUGUAAAUAAAUACAUUUAUAGGUAUCAAAUUUCUGCUUGAUUUUGUACCAAACCAUACAAGUGAUAAACACGAAUGGUUUGUUAAAUCUGUACAAAAAAUUGAACCUUAUACCAAUUAUUACGUAUGGGCGGAUGCAAAAUAUGUAAACGAAACCAGACAAGUUCCAAAUAAUUGGGUGAGAAACAAAUUUUCUGUUUAAAUUUUAUUGUUUUCCAUUGUCAUAUACUUGUGUUUACGACUACUAACUACAAACUAACCUCAUUAUACAUGAAACGUAUGACAAUAUGACUAUAAAUUAGCCAAUUUUCGGACCCUUAAAAAAUAGCAAUAUUUAAUGUUUUAUUUAUUUUUAGCUAUCUCCCUUCUUUGGCACCAUGUGGGAAUGGAAUGAACAGCGACAACAAUAUUAUCUGCAUCAGUUCUAUAAAAAACAACCGGACCUUAACUAUUGGUGCCCAUUAGUCCAAAAAGAAAUAAAAGUAUGAAAAAUAUGCAAUUAGAUAAAAUAGAUUUUCAAGUUUAGUAUCUAAAGUACUUCCUGCGGUUCAAAUAUCUGACUCAAACUUGAAAUUGAUUUUGUUUAAAACAAAAACAGGAUCAAACAUAAUGCUAAUAGAUGACUGAUUUUCUAUAAAUCCUUAAUAAUUUAAAUAUGAUAAACCAAAAUUCAUUACAUUCAUUAGCGAUCUAAAAAUUGUACUUCAAAUAAAUGAAAGUAUUAUUUUACAUCUUCAAAAAUUAUGUCCAAAGAUUAAAUACAAGUGCUUCCUAAUUUAUCGGAAAGUAAUUCGGUAUUGGGAGGUACUUUAAGGAGGUCAUAUUUCGAUUUUCUUAAGAGUUUUCCAUUAAAUACGAAAAAACUAAUAAAACAAAGGAAAGACGGGAAAAUGUACGAAACACAUUAGUAUAUUAUUACGAUUUUUUUUUUUGUGGACAAUUUUUCUCUCAGCAAUUUUGCUCCAACUUGUAAGAUAGCAAUUUUUCUAAAAAUAAAUUUCACUAAGGAGAUAUUUUAAAGAGGUCGUUUUUUUUAUUUUCUCCGAAGUUUUCUCAAUAAAUGUGAAAAACUGUUAGAAAACAUGGGAAAACCGAGGAAAACGUAGGAAAACCGGAAAAAUCGAUACAACAUUAAAUGUAUAAUUAUUAAAGAAAAUACGUAAAGCUUAUUUAAUUAUUUUACUAUAAUAAGGCAUGUUUAUAAUUCAUAAAACACCAUUAUCAACUAAACGCCACUCAGCAUUUUUUUUUCGUAAGCAAUGGUUAUCGUUACUUACUGGUAUAAAUGCAUUAGUGCGUAUAUAGUAUGUAUAUAUUAUAAUGUUUAAUUAAAUUAUCUAUAACAGUGGCUGCACCCAUUCCCAUUAUCAUAGUCUUUUUUAAAUUUAUUUUUUGAUUGAUUUCUGGGUUCUUUUGGAUAUAUAAAAGUGAAAUGGUAAACAUAUUCUUCUAGUCGCAUCAGUCAACUUAGCUCUACUCCGCAUCAGUUUUUGUUAGCAAUGUUUUUAUUUUGCUUGAAGACUACAGUUAUUAACAGUUUAUCACCCAUCACUAACCUUCACCAUUUCUUUUCCUAAGUAUGACCGACUUUUUUAUUAUGUAUAAUUUAAAAUUAAAUAAAACAGUUGUAGUAAAUAUAAUUUAUGUACCUAUUAUGUUAGGAUGUGUUGCGAUUUUGGCUAAAUAAAGGCGUGGAUGGAUUUCGAGUAGACGCUGUGCAACGAUUAUACGAACGACAAGAUUUAAAGGAUUCACCUGCAAAACUUGAAACCGAUGAUGACGGUUACUUUAUGUAUCUAAAUGAGACUUAUGAAGAAGUUAUAUCAUGGAGAGCCGUAUUAGAUGAAUACACCAAAAAUGACGUCGAAACGAAGUAUUUACAGCAAUUUUAAUUAAAAACUAAAUAACUAACAAUAAACCAAUCGCAGGUUUUUGAUGAUUGACGUGGAUGGAGAUGUAAGUCUCACAAACAGAUUUUAUGGAAAUUCAACUCAUCCUGGUGCCCAUUUUUCAUUAAGUUUUUCUCUUGGAAAACUAUCGCAUAAACCUGCGAAUUCAUACGUUUAUGAACUUAAAAAAAAUCUGUUUGGAUUGCCACCAGGAAAGUGGCCAAAUUGGAUUGUACGUAACUUAAAUUAUUGAAUAAAUCAUACUUAGUAUAUGGUAACUAGUUCAGUUUGGUACACUGAGUUAACUUUUUAAUAAAUUCUUAUAUUAAAAAACCAAGAAACAUAUAGAAUACAAUACAAACACUGAUAAUUUAAACAUAUCUAUAUUACAACAAUUAUAAGUUAAACCGGGAUAUAGUGAUAAUUUUCAUAGUUAUUUACCUAUAAUUUUUAUUUUAAAAUAGAUGAUUAGAUAAGUGGUCCACUCACCUGUUCAUCGCUUACUCAGAAUUGUUAAGUUCAGAAGAACAAAUGGGAAAUAAAGUAAUAUAAUAUAUUGUAUUCCAAGAAUUUAAGUAUUUUAAAUAUAAAGACAAUGAUAUUUGAUAUUUGAAGUCAUAUAUAUAAGAUAUCUAUAUAAUUUCUUAAACUUUACUAUUUCUUUAUGAAGACACAAUUUGAAAUUAACAUAAUUAUUUUCUUUUUUUUUAAUGAAAAACUGACAAAAUUUGUGUUUUCUACAUCAACCUAUAAGAAUAAUUUUAUAUUAAACAUAAUAAUAUAAAUACAUUCAAUAAAAAAUUAUACUGUUAUAGAUUGGAAAUCAUAAUAUUAUCCCUCGUCCGACCACGAGAUUUGGCGAAGAAAUGAUAGACGGUAUUCAUAUGAUACAAUUAUUACUACCCGGAACACCUGUAAUCUAUAUGGGCGAUGAAUUGGGCAUGACCGAUAUAUAUUUGAGGAAUGAUCAAUUCGUUGAUGUUAAUUCUAAACAGUAUGGUUAUAAUCAAGCUCGAGAAAGAAAUCGAACGCCUAUCCAGUGGGAUUCAACUGCUCAGGCAGGAUUUUCGAAUAAAACGAAAACAUGGUUACCUAUUAACCCGAAUUAUGUGACUCUGAACGUCGAGUAUGAACAAAACUCAAAUAGUAGCCACUUGAAAAUAUUUAAAGAACUAGUCAAUUUAAGGCAGUUAGACGUUUUCCGUACUGGAAACGUGAAAUUUUACGAAGUAUCGAAAUACGUAUUUGCAUUUUCGAGGUAAAUCAUGUUAACAUUAAAUAGUACACCAGCGAAUGAACUAAGGACGAAAAAAUAAUAAUAAUGUUUUAUCAAAUUUUUAGAAGUAACAGUAUUUUAAGAUCAUAUUUUGUCGUCAUAAACUUGGGCAGUGAGUUAGAAAAUAUUAACCUUAGGAAAGUAAAUGGACUAUUACCAUAUAAAUUGACAGUUAUAGUUGCUAGUAUGUAUGCAGAACACAAUGCGGGGUUUGUUUUUAAACAUUUUUCAAAUCAAUAGUUUUUAAAAUUAUGAUUAUUGUAUUAUGUAGAUUAAUACUAUAUUAUUUUUACAAUUUUCAGAGACAUUAUUCGCUCAGAAUCUUUUACAUUAAGACCUAGUGCUGCAGUUGUUCUGAAGUCUUCGUUUUUCAAUUGA